UCUUAUCUGCAGCCGUGUGCCUUUCCAUCUGCAUGUCUCGUGUGUAAAUAGUGGCCUGGUAUGCUUCGUUCAGUGAGUAGGGUUACUGAAAACACUGCUGAUUUAAUUACCACUGUUGAUGUUCUCCAUUACUUUCAUUAGACAUGGUUCGCGUUGUUCCACUGAGCAGUGAAAGCAGAUUAAACUAGUAGAUACAGCUUUAUUGGUUUUAAUUGCUUAUUAAUUUAACCCCAAUGUUCAGAACAUACUGAAUGGGUUCCUACAGUACAGCUGGAAGUUUGCCAGCUUGUCUUGUGAUAACAUCAUCCACCAUUUCCUUAGACUUAUCUGCCCCAGUGUAAAUGACCUGACAUUACUAAAGGAAAUGCCAUCUGCCGCAACAAAGCAUCGCGGGGCUUGUGAACUGCUAAUGAAACAGCCGACUUCUGAAAUCUGGACUAAUCAAAGAACUUUGAACAACUAAAAAUACCCUCCAGCCUUGAGAAACACUGGAGUGUCUACAGCCUACAGGCAGAGCUGGACUGACUGGGGACAGAUUACUGGGAAAUACUUUACAGUUCUAGAUUAUUGGGAAAUACUUUUCUGUGCAGUGGUGACUUUCCCUUCUGCUGUUGAUUUUCAGGUUAAGUGCCUGACAUCUACUGGACUUGUAUAGUUCCAAAUGGCCACAUGUAUUUAAACCAACUGGACACAACUGAUGCUAUGGUGUGAUGCUAAGCAAUGCAACCACUCCUUAGGAGAUAAGAGAAGCAAUGCUUUUACCAUGUGUUGAGAAUGCUUCAGUGCACGCAGGAAGGUUUCAGCAUGAAAACACACAAUUCUUGAGUAGAUUUCAGAUGAAAUGUGAGAAAUCAAAACAUUGUAGGACAUCAGUGUUUAACAACAGUAAGACACUGCCUUUGUGGAGGGAGAGUGGAUCUAAGAGGAGUUAGACUCUAAAAGAAAUACUGCGUGAAAGGUUCUGUAAGGGGAUUUUUGGUCACAUUUACCAGUGGUUAAAUGAUGUAUCCUUGGAUGUCUUGGCACAUUGUGAAUAUGAAAUGGCAUUAACUCUUUCAGCAACCUGGGCUCUGUUCCCCAAAAUCAUCAUAGUGUUAAGAUCAUCUUAAUCAAGAGAGUUUUCAUGUAAUAUUUGCUGUACCUUUUAAAGUUGAUCUUUAUUUUACUUUGUUUUUGGGAAACUCGGCCCUGAACAAAACUGGGCGAGGGUGUGCGCACAGGUGCGGCCGCACCCUUACUAAACAUUGGCAACGCCUCAUUUAUCACUAUUCAUACAGCGACGUUCAAUGCAAUUUUAUUUAGUCCUCGGAUUUGUAAAAUCCGAGGACCGAAACGUAUCGGAACGGAAAUAUUUCCAUGCUAGCUCUCCGGUAUUCCCAUGAAACUCCCUCCGACCCGUGUUACGAGCUAAGCAGUAAAAGCUGCAUUCGCACCUGCAUGCAGACGAACGUGUCCUCGCGACGAGGAAGGCUCCGUUCUGCCCCGCGCGCCUCCGGCACCUGGUGAGGUCACGCGCCGUUUGCGCUUCGACUCGCGCGUUUAUUCCCGGCUCGAGAGGAAGGGUGAAGCACUGGAGGAGUUUCUUUUUUUAAAAUCGCUCUCCUCUUUCAGAAUGGGAUCCCCGGACCCAGACGCGGGUGGGGCGGUGGCCGUCCUCGGGGUUCCGGCCGCUGGAAGCUCGCAGCAUGUGAUUUUAUUGCGGACGGCAGCGGACUGUGCGCUCCGGGAUUAAACUCUGGUAUUAAGUUGCUGCCAAACUUCACUCCACGUUGUUGGACUGAGGUUUAUGCACCGUGAACGGCGAUGGGAUUCGUGAACCAGAGGCUCGAGCAGUGACAGAAUGGCCAUCGGAACCAUCCACGGGCUUCUCUCGUGUGCUGCGCUGUAUUAUAUUUUGCUUUAUGCUUCGGGAGAGGUUGCACAGCAAAACGACUACUUGAAUACUCUACAGAGUUCAGGCCUUCCGUCCUGCCCGGAGGGCUUCUCCGAGCUGGGCUACUACAACGGUUCCGUGUCCCAGACCGAGUCUGGCUUUCCCUGCCUGAAGUGGACGGAGUUUGUGGACUACGUGCAGCAGUACCCAGACAGAGGGCUGGGCCAUCACAACUACUGCAGGAACCCUGACAGCGCGGCAAAGCCCUGGUGUUUCUUCAGACAGCUCUCUGGAGCCAUCAGCUGGGCCUACUGUGACUGCCACCAGGGCACAGCCAGACUUGUGGGAGGCGUGUCCAACAUGAGCGGUCGCCUGGAGAUUUAUCUGAACGGCCAGUGGGGGGCAGUGUGUGACACACACCUGACUGACCGAGACGCAAGUGUCACCUGUCGACAGCUUGGUCAGGGUGAAAUCGGUACCGCUCUCAAACACUCCUACUUUGGGCCUGGUUCCGGACUCUUCCACUACGAACGCCUCGGCUGCCGUGGCAACGAGAACUCCCUGAUGGAGUGUCGGAACAGGAAGUUUGUCUCUGGCGACUGUAACCAUGGAAACGAAGCUGGAGUCGUGUGUGCUGUACCUGAUGAGGCAGAGAAAGGAGCUUCUUGUACAGACACAGGUUAUGGCGCCCCCUUGAGGCUGGUGGGAGGUCUGGAAGACUUUGAGGGGCGAGUGGAAGUGUAUCAUAACGGCAAAUGGGGCACGAUCUGUGAUGAUCACUGGGACGACAUUGACGCGGAGGUGGUCUGUAGACAGUUGGGAAUGGGCGGUGUGCCGAAGGCGUGGGCCUGGUCUCACUUUGGCCAGGGCCUGGGGCCCAUCCUCCUGGAUGGCGUGCACUGCACGGGAAAUGAGCUGUCUGUGGAGGAUUGUUCCCACGCGCCCUGGGGCGAGCACAACUGUGACCACAUGGAAGACGCUGGGGUAUCCUGCAACCCAUACACAGAUGGCGAGGUACGUCUGGUGGGAGCAGGAGGGCCCUGGGAGGGCCGUCUGGAGGUGUACCAUGCCAGAGAGUGGGGCACAGUAUGUGAUGACAAUUGGACUGAACAGCACGCCCAAGUGGUGUGUCAACAGCUUGGCUUCAGCAGAGGGCGUGCUGAGGUGGUUCCUGGAGCUGCAUUUGGGGAGGGCACAGGGUCCAUCCUGCUGGAUGAGGUGAGCUGUGAAGGGAGUGAGCACUCCCUGCUGGAGUGCGACCGCGCGGAGUGGGGCUGCCACGACUGCUCGCACGGCGAGGAUGUGGGCGUGCGCUGUGACAGAGAAGGAAGCGCCAAUGACAUUCCUGUGGUUCCUCCAGUCUCAGGUCCGUUGCUGCGGCUGGUGGACGGAGAGAGUCGCAAAGAGGGCAGAGUGGAGGUGUUCAUGGGCGGUCAGUGGGGCAGCGUGUGCGACGAUGGCUGGAACGACGUCAGCGCUGCCGUGGUCUGUAGGCAGCUGGGCUUUGUCGGCGUGUCAAAGUCGCGCUCCAUGGCCUAUUUCGGAGAGGGCCAGGGUCCCAUACACCUAGACAACGUGAGGUGUACGGGGACGGAGUCGUCUCUGGGCCAGUGCUCAGCCCAGGGCUCACAUGCGCAUAACUGCAGGCACAGCGAGGAUGCUGGCGUCAUCUGCGACUACGUCCCGCCAUCGGCGGGAGAUGGUGCCAUGGCAACGCUACCGUGCGGCCUGAGGUCCAACGUGCAGCGCCGGAGGAGGAGGAUCAUUGGAGGCGACAAGUCGCUACGAGGGGACUGGCCAUGGCAGGCUUCCCUGUGGCUGCGGUCUCAGGCCAAAAGAAACCAUCCCCUGUGUGGAGCUACUGUCAUCAACUCCUGCUGGCUCGUCACUGCGGCUCAUUGCUUUAAGAGGUUCGGCACCGAUCCCUCACGCUACGUUCUGAGGCUGGGGGACUACCAUACUGAGGAGAGGGAUGCCUUUGAGCGCACCCUCUCACCCGAGCGCAUCAUCAUCCACAGCAGGUACCACAGCCAGGGCUGGGAGUACGACAUCGCCCUGCUGAGUCUGAGGGGGGCGCACGGUAACUGCGUGGCCUUCAACCCCCACACGAAUGCCGCCUGCCUUCCGGCUCGCGGCCCCGGGAGAGCCGAGAGGCCAUCUGCAUGCAUCAUCACCGGCUGGGGCGUUACAGACUCGGAGUACUCUCGCACGCUCCUGCAGGCUUGGCUCCCCCUGCUUCCCUCCUGGAAGUGUAAGAAGCGCUACGGGAGCCGCUACACCGGCCGCAUGCUCUGCGCCGGCAGCCUGUCGCACCGUCGCCGGGUGGACAGCUGUCAGGGUGACAGUGGGGGCCCUCUGGUGUGCCAGGGCGAGGACGGGCGCUGGACUCUGACCGGGGUCAUUUCCUGGGGGCACGGCUGUGGCGACCCCCGCUACCCGGGGGUGUACACGCGGGUCAGCAGGUUUCUGAAGUGGAUUGAGAAGGUCACCCUAAGUCCUGCUUAUGUCUGACGUUACAGUGUGGUCAUGGCUUAUUCACCAUCAAUAUACUGUACUUGAAAUCUGAAAUGCCUGUGGGGGAUUUGACUAAACCCAGGAGGCUCAUGGGCAGCAGAGUUCUGGCUUCAUCUCUACUGUUGACAUCGCAGCGUUUUUUUUUUUGUUUUUUUUUCC